AUGUUCCAGUGUAGAGUUAGGACGUUCGAAAGUGCAUUUGCAAGAGAAAAACAAUUUCCAGGAAAAGAUCGUAUAACUGUUGGACAAUUAAGAAAUGAUGAAAGUUUGAGACAUUUGAUGAGAAACGAUACGGUGUUUAGACAUUUACAGCAUGUAAGAGGAAGUCCGCAGUACUGGCAACAUGCCAUGAAAGAUCUUUUUGGCUACAUAAGACAGUUAAGCAUGCAUACAUUUUUCGUCACUCUUUCAUGUGCUGAUAUGUUUUGGAAAGAUUAUCUUGAUGCACUAGCCAGACGUAGUACGAUAGGUGUGAAAGAUAUUUAUAUUCAUACAGAAAAAGAAAAUUUAAUUCAACAUAAUCCUGUUCUCGCUACCAGACUAUUUGAUCACCGGCUGAGAGCAUUUUUGCGCAUGUUUAUUUUCGAUGGUACUACACUAGACGAUGUUCAAGAUUUUUUUGUGCGUGUUGAAGCACAAAUGAAAGGUUCGAAAAAUGCACCUCGUUAUCGUGGUACAGAAACAGAUGAAAAAACUAGGCAAGAAAGUUGCGAUUCAAAUUUUAAAGGAAAUUGCUUCCACAUAGAACUACAGACUAUAUAG